CUGUGUGGACGGUGAAGCCUGGAACUGGAGUAGUCAUUGCCUGGGUAUUUUGAGGGGGGAGGGCGAAGGGAUGGGGGGGAUCCCGGGCCCCGUGUGAAAAGAUUCCCUGGAAACUGUGCGGGAUAGGACAAGAUGGAGGACACUUGAGGCCAGAAAGAGGUAACUAUGCUGUCUCCUCAGCCACCUGGUGCCCUACCUCUAUAGAUCCUCCAUCCUGUCUUGUUCCCUCUUCUGUGCUCAAGUAAUCCUGCACUACAAGAAGACUGGCGAGGGGCUGGCGAGGCAUCCCAACCUGCAACAAUUUAAGGACGCAGAAGGGUGCGUAUUCUUAAGAUGUCCUUGAGCAGUGGCGCAUCAGGAGGGAAAGGUCUGGAUACGAACCCUGUGGAGACCUAUGACAGUGGUGAUGAAUGGGACAUCGGAGUGGGCAAUCUGAUUAUCGAUUUGGAUGCCGAUCUAGAGAAGGACCAGCAGAAGCUCGAGAUGUCCGGCUCUAAGGAGGUGGGCCUGCCAGCCCCCAAUGCAGUGGCCACUCUACCUGACAAUAUAAAGUUUGUGACUCCCGUUCCUAGUGGCCAAAGCAAAGAGUCUAAAUCCAAGUCGAAGAGGAGUAAAAGCAGCAAAGACGGAGGCAGGAGUAGCCAGACCUCCACCGGACUUUUCCCAGUAGGGGAAGUUAGUAAGAAGGACGUAGCAGGACGUUCUGAGGUUGGGGGUAAUUCUGGGGCUCCCUCAUCCACAGUGACUUCUAAGGGAGGGGAAAAAUCAGGAAAGGCCUCUCGUACCUCAUCUGGUUCCAAGAAGGAAAGUGGGAAGGCCAAAAAGGACAAGAGUGAGGUAGCCGUGAGUAGUGGAGAGAAGGAGCCAUCAGGAGUUCUUCAGCCUGCUGCAGGAGUGGGGAGUAGAGGUGUUGCAUUGCAAGAGGCAGUAGUGGCUUCAGUGGAUCAGUUGGGAGGGGGAAUGGCAGUUGACAGUGGCAGCACCCUCAAUAUAGCAGCCAUUAAAACAGAGCCUGAGGAUCCGGAAACCGACAGUCGUGGAUUGAAGAAGGUGAAAGCAGAGAUGAUGGAGUCCCCAGUGUGUGCUUCUUCAGGCUUGCCUCUCCAUUUGUUGGUUCCAGUGGUGAGCAGUGACAUUUCCUCACCGUGUGAGCAGAUCAUGGUGCGCACGCGCUCUGUAGGCGUCAACACCAGUGACGUGGCACUUGCCACUGAACCCGAAUGCCUGGGGCCUUGUGAACCCGGAACCAGCGUUAAUCUAGAGGGCAUCGUGUGGCAAGAGACAGAGGAUGGAAUGCUGGUUGUGAAUGUGACUUGGAGAAAUAAGACCUAUGUUGGCACGCUGUUGGACUGCACUCGACAUGACUGGGCACCACCCCGAUUCUGCGACUCUCCCACCAGUGACUUGGAGAUGCGGAACGGACGGGGGAGGGGGAAACGCAUGCGACCCAGUAGCAAUGCUCCCAUUGCAGACACCACUCCAGCCCCCGACAGCAAAGGUGCUAGUAGCAGCAGUAGUAGCAGCAGCAAGACCCGAGCUGGAGCCAACAACAAAGGGAGGCGCGGCAGCCAGAACUCAGGCGAGCACCGUCCUCCUCCAUGUGGCACUGCUGAAGACAUCAAAGCCAGCCCUUCUUCAGCUAGCAAGCGUAAGAGCAAACCCCCUUCUGACCUUGAACUGACCUCCAGCUCAGAAGAUUCCAAAGGGAGUAAACGUGCUCGUACGAAUUCAAUGGGCUCUUCUUCAGCACCAGGGUCUGUGUCGCUUCCCUUAACUGUUCCACUGAGUACUGUCAAAGUGGAACCCACCACACUAGACAGGAACUGCUCUUCUCCAAUCCUAAUAGACUGUCCUCACCCAAAUUGCAACAAGAAAUACAAGCACAUAAAUGGCCUGAAGUAUCAUCAGGCUCAUGCACACACAGACGAUGACAGUAAACCAGAGGCAGAUGGUGACAGUGAGUGUGGAGAGGAGCCUAGUCUUCACCUAGAUAUGGGAGGCUGCAAUGGGGCCUUUGUGUCCCAAAAGGGUUCCCUUUCUCCGGCCCGUUCUGCUACCCCAAAAGCCCGUUUGGUUGAGCCACAUAGUCCCACCCUCUCUGCCAAGUUUGGUGGAAAGGUGGUGUGCAAAAAGAAGUUAAGUACAGAAGGAGACAUGGACCCAGGGGCACUUUCAAAUGAUGGCUCAGAAGAUGGAACCCUAGCAGCUGAUGACACCAGUAAUGAUGGGUUUGAGUCUCAGGAAAAGAGACAGACAGACAGAGAUAAGAAAAGUGGUGGUACUAGUAAAUCGGAGAAGUUGCCUUCUUCUAAGAGUGUAAAGUCUGCCCGCCCCAUUGCCCCGGCCAUAGUGCCCCAGCAAAUGUAUACCAUCCAGACCACCACCUUUACUGCCUCAAGUCCAGGUUCCUCUUCUGGGCUUACCACAACAGUGGUUCAAGCAAUGCCUACAAGUCCCCAGCUUAAGCCCAUUCAGCCAAAACCAACAGUAAUGGGGGAGCCGUCCAAUAUUAACCCGUCGUUAACCCCAUCCAGAGAUAAGAAAAAGAAGGAUAAGAAGAAGAAAGAGACGAGGGAGGAAGAAAGCCCUGCAACCGCUAUCAAACCUGGUCGCUCAGAGGAUGGGAAAAGCCCCUAUGCGGAAUCGGGGGGUGAUUCAGCUGUGAAAGGUGAUGGACUCCUCAAUGGCUCUGAUUCUCACCAAAGCCGCCUGGCUAGUAUAAAGGCAGAGGCUGACAAAAUCUACAGCUUCUCAGACAAUGCUCCCAGCCCUUCCAUUGGAGGAGGGGGAACUUCAAGCCGAAUGGACAAUCCUAGCCCAGGGCAGCCAAUGACUCCUCUACAUGUUGUGACCCAAAAUGGAGCUGAAGGAACUUCUGCUAAAACAAACAGUCCAGCCUAUUCUGACAUAUCUGAUGCAGGGGAGGAUGGAGAGGGGAAAAUGGACAGCUCUAAAGUCAAAGACACAGAGCAGCUGGUUAAGGAAGGUGCCAAGAAAUCCCUCUUCCCACCUCAACCACAAAGCAAAGAGUCCCCAUAUUACCAGAGCUUUGAAACAUACUAUUCUCCCAACUAUGCGCAUUCCAGUCCUGGUGCUAUUAAUGCUGCUGGCCAGGCCACACCUGAAAAUCAGCCUCCCAAGGUCAAAAAAGAGGAGGACAUGGAAGUGACUGAGGUAAAGAUGAAAACUGAGCCACCUGAGGAGAAAAAGCCAGAGAUAUGUAGCACAAGCCAACAGCCUUCAGUAAUCCAGCAAAGACCCAAUAUGUACAUGCAGUCCCUUUAUUACAACCAGUAUGCCUAUGUGCCUCCAUAUGGUUACACUGAUCAAGGUUAUCAUGCUCACUUGCUUAGCACCAACCCAGCAUACAGACAGCAGUUUGAGGAGCAUCAAAAGCAGAGACAGAAUCUUGAGCAACAGCAGCAACAACGCAAUAUGGAGAAGAAGGCAGAAAUGGCCAUGAGGGAAAGGGAGGCAUCUCUGAAAGAAGAAUGGAAGCACAAGUCAUCAGUUCCUCCAACACUAACAAAGGCCCCAAGUCUAACUGAUUUAGGAAAGACAGGACCAAGCAAGGGUAAGGACCUAGGAGCUGGACCGGAUGCAAGCAAGUCAGUGAUUAUUCCCAAACCAGAGGACUCUAAGAUGCCUGUGCAGCAAGCAGAAGGCUUGAAAGCAAAAGUUUCUGAAGCAGGUGGACAUUCAGGGAAGGAAGCAUCAGAGGCUAAACCAGGGGGAGAAUGCAAUCGUCAAGCCAGUCUGGAUCCUGUGCUGUGGUACAGACAACAGGAAGCAGAAUCUCGCAUGUGGACAUAUGUUUAUCCCAAGUACUCCGAUGCCUUGAAAGCUGAUGAUGAGAGAUGGAAAGAGGAGCGGGAGAGAAAAGCCAAGGAGGAGCGUAACCGAAUUAAGGAAGCGUCUUCAAAGGAUGAUGGCAAAGAGACCGGGAGUGGGGAUGUCAAGGGACCACAACAAACAGAGGACCUGAGAGUGCUGCCCAAGGAUCCACGCACCAGUACUCAUGUGCCAGUCUCCUCACCCCUCACUCAGCACCAGUCCUAUAUCCCCUAUCUCCACGGUUACACGUACAGUCAGGCCUAUGACCCAAAUCACCCGAGUUACAGAGGAAUGCCUGCCGUCAUGAUGCAGAACUACUCAGGUUCUUAUCUCCCCUCCAGCUACUCUUUCUCCCCAUAUGGUAACAAGGUCUCCGGCAGUGAGGAGUCUGAGAAGUCCCGAGCCAGUCCGAGUGUCGGCUGCAAACCCACCUCUGAAUCCAAAGCUCUGGAUAUCUUACAGCAACAUGCGAGCCAUUACAAGAGCAAGUCACCCACAAUUGCAGAUAAAUCUCCGCAAGAGCGUGAUCGAGGGGGAUGCAAUAUGCCCGGAGGGUCCUCGGCAGGUGGAGGUUGCAGCAGCAUGGGAGCCCCUGACAGAGGAGGGGACAGGAAUUCCGAAAGACCUCGCACUUCUCCUUCACAACGCUUAAUGUCCACACACCACCAUCAUCAUCACCUUGGCUAUUCCCUGCUCCCUGGACAGUACCAAUUGCCCUAUGCCACUGGUUUGUCCUCCACGGCCAUUGUGGCCAGUCAGCAAGGUUCAGCACCUUCACUAUACCCGCCCCCCAGGAGGUGAGAGCGGAAAUGAUUUCAUUGGAGGUCCCUGUAUAAUCUGCGUCCUGUGACGGGAUCACAAGACACACCCGGGAAUGAGUCUGUGCAUCAUUUGAAUGGUGUUGAGCAUUUUCUAUGGCCACAGCUUUCAGCUAAGCCCUCCAGGUUUCAACUCAACUCCCAGACACAGAAAACCCAACCAUUGCCCUUUCACAAGCUGUCUACUUUGCAACCAUUUGGAGACAACGUUUUGGGGCUGUAUUUAUUCAGCAUUGCCUUUCGCAGAAGUAGGGAUUUUAUUUUCGCAAAGUGUUGGAGAUGAAACUGUACACUUGUUCUUUUAAUAAACCCUCUGGGUCUUGGGGGACAUUUUUCGGCAACAGACUUCUAGUUAAAAGUUGUUUUGAAAGUUACAAAAUGAUACAUUUGUUUUUGUCUUGUUAAUGCACUCCAUCACUCAUCUCUAUAACGUCUGUGGACUUCCUCCUUGACACAUCCUCAGGCAUAAACUCUUCCAAAUAUCAAAAGUUAAACCGGCAUAGUUCACCUCCAAAGUUAUCAACGUUUUGUUUUUUUUUGUUUUUUUUGUUUUUUUUACUUGGGAUGAGAUCUACUGGACUCAACAAGGUAUAUAGUUCUGUGUUUGUCACUUAUUAGGAAUGACCGCUUGGAGCUGGUGUUUCGGUUGCCUUAAUUUCAUCACUUUUCCUGCAGUGGCACCCGGAUUUGGUAGAUGUUAGGCCAAAAGGUUCCAAGGGCCAAAAUAUAUCCCUAGGUUAACAGCAGGGAUUACAGCUUCCUGUAACAUAGGACAGAUGAAGACAUAAUAGCAGCUCUCCUGCUUGGUGUAGAGCUACAACUCUUGUGUUCCUAGAUCAGCAUAUGUCUGGCUGAGGAUCAUGAGGACUGCGUUUCAGCAAUAUCUAGCUAGCUGUUGGUUGGCUACCUCCAAUGCAGAUGUCCAGGUGUUAAACACUGUGCUGCCAGAACAGUAGUAAUGUUGUAUGUACUAUAUUUUAUUGCUGCUCACGUUGGCGGUACAGAAGUUAACAUUGUCUUGGGAUGUUUCCAUUUCCUGCUCAUCACUUGUUUUAACCAGAGAGCUCUUAAAUUAAAAUUUUUACCUGUUUUCCCACUCUCCAAUUUUCUCAUGGAGGGUUCAAGUAAAUUGACCACAUGAAGAGAUAUCACAACUGUGAUGUCAUAGCUGGCUUCUGUAAAAGCUCAUGACUGUGCAUAAUGUACAUAACCCUGUUACUUUGUUCUUUUAUAAGACACUAAUCUUAAAUAUGGAAAAUACUUCACAUCUGCAUUUUAGAUCUGGUUAACCACUAAUUGUUUACCCAAUGCUGGUCACAAAAUACAAUGUAUGCAUUUAACUGACCACGUAAGUAUAUAUGUGUGUAUAUUAGAUAUACCAGUACACACACCCUCGCAUUCUCUCAUAGAUAUGCGUAAGAGGUCCAGCACAUCUACAGAUCUUUUGUUAAAAAUGUUAGGUCUUCUUUGUUUUAAAAUAUGCUCAGCACAUUGUCGGGUCCCAAAACUGCAGUAGUUGUGUUAUUGCAUGUCAAGAUGAAAAAAAGAAAAAAAAAUGUUCACUAG